AGUUGUACGAAGUUUUUACGGUUUUAGCAAUAAAUUUGUAUUAAUUUCGAUUGAAAAUCUAUUCAAAAUGAAAUUUACGCUGUAGAAGUUAGAUAUAUAAUAUCAAUACUCUUUAACUGUGCUGAGCGUUUUAUACUCUAGAAGCAGGAAUAAGUGCAGAAACAAUUUUUUUUUCCAAUUGAACGACGGAUCGAAAGCUAGCCACUAAAAUGGACAACUUUUUCCGUAGCUCCAGUUUCAGCCAGGAAACGGCUUCACUUUUUAUGGACGAAAAGAUAGCGUCCGCUCGUGGAAAGAUCAUCGAAGCGCUGAAUGACUCCCUGACGGCGAACACCACUAAGAAGUGCGAAAUUAUAGCCAAAGUGCAAGAACUGGCAAUUCAUUCGGACGUGGCACUGUUGCUGGAGUUUUUGGAAAAUAUUCUGGCUUUUGCCCACGAUUCCAAUCAGGAUGUUCGGAAGGCAGUGGCCGGGUUUAUCGAGGAAGUUUGCAAGGCGAACAUUAGCUUACUUCCGAAGGUGGUCCACAUAUUGUUUGCCUUACUGCGGGACACGGCACCGAGCGUCACGAAGCGAGUUAUUCAGGGAUGUGGAGCGAUCUACAGACAGGCUUUGCAGUGGAUUUGUUCCUUGUCGGACAUCACGGAAGAGGUAGAACAAGCUUGGAACACGUUAUGUUUGAUUAAAGCCUCGAUUUUGGACAUGAUAGACAAUGAUAACGAUGGUAUCAGAACGAAUGCUAUCAAAUUCCUGGAAGGUGUGGUCAUUGUUCAGACCUAUCCGGAUGAGGAUAGUAUGAAACGAGAAAACGAUUUUUCUUUAGAAAAUAUUCCGUUGACGUUGAAGAUCGCUCGUAGACGGAAGUUGGAAGAUGAAGCUGGUCACAUUUUUGAAUUACUACUCCAGUUUCAUGCGGCGUCAUACAUUUCUCUGGUGAAUCUAAUCGCUUGUACCGGUACGCUCUGUAUCAUAGCAAAGAUGCGUCCGUCGAUGAUGAAUCAGGUGAUAGAAGCACUGAAGAAUCUUCACUCCAAUCUACCACCCACUCUAUCGAAUUCACAAGUCAGUUCGGUACGGAAGAAACUGAAAAUGGAAUUUUUGAAUCUACUGAAGCAUCCGGCCUGUUAUGAGCAUCAAACCGGCAUCGUACAAAUCCUUCAAGAUCUCGGUGCCUCGAACAGUGAAAUUGGCCGGGCUAUUCCAAAACUAGAUAAACGUGAGCAGCAACGUCGGGCAAAGCGAGCACUGGAGAGUUCAAUGUCCUCACAGUUGGCAGCGAAGAAGGCCAAAUUAGGUGAACAUAUGCGUCGCGAGAAAGAACGAUCCGCAGCGGCUGCUGCUGCAGCAAUUGCUCCAGAACCUCGCCAAAUGGAAAUCGAUUACGAUGAGCUUAACGAGCAGAAAGCAAGAUCGAACGUACUGAACGAACAGUUCCUGAACGAUAAUCUCAAGAAGCUGGAAGUCGUUGCACAGCUGGUGAUGAACAACUUUGGCAAAUUACCACCGGAACCGACAGAGCAAUUUCUGCAGACAUACACUCCGAUGCCACUCACCACCAGUGUCACUCAGCUGAUCCAGAAGAUAGCCCAAACGUUCGCCCAGCAGAUGACCGACGUGAGAGUUGGUCCGGGAUCGUCAGCCAUGACGAAGGAGCCACCGAUGAGACCGAAGAUUAGCGACGACGAGGAAAGAAGCAUCAUUCAAGGCCGUCGUCGCGACAUGGAAGCGGAGCCUGCUGGUGACGAAGACGCCGACGAUGAUGAUGUCGAUCUGGAUAAGCUGCCCGAAGAGGAACGGAAGAAUGCAGAAAACACCCGAAAGCUUCGCGAAACGCUGGAACGGGUCAAGGGAGGUGAACAGAAGCUGAAGCAGCGAGUCAAAGCCUUCGGCCUGCAGGACAUUACCAAGCCUCAUUCGCGGGAGUUAAGACAUACCUUCCUGAACGAUGCCGUGCGGAGGAUCCUAAAGGCAGAAAAGCAAGCUCUCAUCGGCGGGGCUGCAUUCAAGCGCAAGCGGAUAAUAACCGUGUUCGGUUCCUGUUUCAUGCCUUCCGUGCGGAAUGUGAUUCUGGAAUUCAUUUUCGAAGACGUCAAAAAACGGUUGGAUCUGGCCUUUUCGUGGAUAUUUGAAGAAUACAGCUUGCUACAGGGUUUCACUCGGCAUACCUACAUCAAAUCGGAAAUGAAACCGGAUUUUCCGUACACUCAGCUGUUGUUGAAUCUGUUGACCAACAUUAUGGAGAGACGCGAUUUGCGCGAGAAAGACUCGUUGCUGAAGAGCAUCUAUUUGGAAGCUCCGUUGCUUCCGGACGAUGUCAUUAGCUUGUUGAGUCACAUGUGUCAAUUAGAGGAACUGGCCGAUUGCGGUAUGCAGAUAACGAAAGACCUGCUCAUCAGACGACCACCGAAGGAAAAGGUGUAUCUAGAUAUUCUUUUCAAAUAUGCCGUCUACGAGAAUUGUGUCAUCCGUGAGAAAGCUAUUCACUAUUUGCUGCACAUCUAUUCGGUUCACCGUAUUCUAACGGAUGAAAUGGAGGAAAGGGCACUGCUGUGGCUCGGUUACCUAGAACAGGAAAAUCCAGCAGAGGAGAUCUUUGCCGUUGAGUUGGGUCGGGCGGAGCAAUCUAGGAAGUGGAGCGAUGAUUUAGCUAAAACUUGCCUCGGACUGUUUUUGGAAAUUCUGGUUUACAACCAGGAAAUGAUUCAUAAAUUGUCGGACGUUUACACGAAAGCCACUUCGGACAUGAAGCGCGCGAUGUUGAGAGCCAUCGAGGCUCCGGUUCGGAAGAUUGGAGCCGAGAGCGAAGAGUUGCUCAAACUUAUCGAGCACUGUCCCAAGGGAUCGGAAACCAUCAUUACUAGGAUCAUUUAUAUUUUGACAGAGAAGACCAUUCCUACACAGGAACUCGUUAAUCGAGUCCGCAAUCUACAUCAGACCAAAGUGUCCGACGUCCGUCUGCUGAUCCCCGUCAUCAAUGGACUUACGAAGAAGGAAAUUCUCGCCGCUCUGCCAAAGCUGAUCAAACUGAACCCGGUCGUGGUAAAGGAAGUGUUCAAUCGAUUACUCGGCGUCGGUGCUGAGUACAGUAGCUCCAAUCUCCCUAUUACGCCAGCCGAACUGCUGGUAGCAUUGCACACCGUCGACACCAGCAAGGUUGAGCUGAAAUGGGUCGUCAAGGCCACUUCUCUCUGUCUGGCGGAGAAGGAAACCUACACCCAUGAUAUUCUCGGCAGUGUGAUUCUACAGUUGGUGGAAAUCACACCACUGCCGACACUGCUCAUGCGUACGGUCAUUCAAUCUCUGACGCUUCAUCCGCGAUUGGCUGGUUUUGUGACCAAUCUACUUCAACGCCUCAUAUCGAAGCACGUCUGGAAACAGAAGGUGGUUUGGGAUGGAUUCCUCAAGUGCGCCCAGCGGCUGACCCCACAGAGUUUGGGAAUUCUGAUUCAGCUUCCGGCAGCUCAGCUGCAAGAUGCGUUGAACAUUUGUCCAGAAUUCCGAGAGCCGAUGCUGGAGCAUGCCCGGGAAAUUAUGGAACACCAAAUUGGUCACGUAUCGCAGGACCGAAUGGAUGUGCUGCUGGGAAUUUCACCUCACACACCAUCUGAGGGCACGGACGUUCAGAUUGUUGGCAAUUUCAAUGAAGAAGUGCCAACGACAACGCAUAUGCCAGUGAUGAUCAAGCAGGAAAAGGACGUUGAACGUCCGGAGCCAGCUCCACCCGGAAUGGAUUAGAAGAAGUAGUAGUAGUUGUUCAGUUUUGUUAGAAAUAAUUCAAUUAAUAAUAAAGUACAGUUCUAUGCGAGUACACAGAU